UACAAGAUGGAGACUGCAACACACCUUGCAGAGGGCAGCAGCUACAGAGUUCUCUUUAUACAACCAUGGUGAGGAGAGGAGUCGGGCUGCCACAGGAGCAGAGAAGAAGAGCUGCUAUGGGAGCUGGACUGACACUCCAUCCAAAAAGAAAUUUGUGCUAUGUAAGAUGCCAGAAAACUGGACUACACUUCCUGUGUAUUCUAGUCCUCAGUGUACCCCGCGUCGUGACAGCGUUGCAGUCUACACAAAGGGCAGGAAAGGCAGCAACCUCGUUUAUGAAGGUUUCAUUUGUCCACCUGCUGCUGAAGAACUGCCUAUGUCGGCGCUGCAGCGACCACCGAGGGAGGACAGCUUUACGAAGAAUUAUGAAAGACUGUUAGGGAAGAUCACAGCUGAGGACAUGGCUGUAGCUCAGGAGAAGAUCAUCCCAAAAGAUGAAAAUAAAAGCAUGGCAUAUUCUGCAACGAGUAGUGCACCUGGGCAAGGUGUUGUAGCUAAACAGCCAAGGACCAUGCCAGACCAUGAAGAUGCAGCAGAGGCUGCAGCAACCAGUGAAAGUAAAACAAAUCAUCUAAAUCUGUCUUUGCAGAGGAUGGCGUCCGACACAGAUUAUCCAUUUCCGUAUGAAAUCCUUGAUGGAAGAGAGAGUUUACUCCCAGUCCCACCUGAAGCAGGGAUGGAUGAGUUUUCAAGUGGUUUUCAACCUUGGUGUACAGUGGACACAGAGCUCUGGAGGUUAUUGUGUAACCCAGAUCCUUCUGAACAGCCCGGCUUGCCCAGACCUGCCGACACGUACCACACUCCUGACCUGGGUUAGUGUGAAGGCUGACACUGUUUACAUAACUUGUGAAUAAAUACUUUG